GCGGCGGCCUCGCGGUGCCUAGGCUCGGGCGGCCGGCCCGUAGGCGCUCAGUCGCGCGGAGCCGGGCCCAGGAGCGCAGGCGUCGGCAGGAUGAACAGCAUCAAGAACGUGCCGGCGCGGGUGCUGAGCCGCAGACCGGGCCACAGCCUGGAGGCCGAGCGCGAGCAGUUCGACAAGACCCAGGCCAUCAGUAUCAGCAAAGCCAUCAACACCCAGGAGGCCCCCGUGAAGGAGAAGCAUGCCCGGCGCAUCAUUCUGGGCACUCACCACGAAAAGGGGGCCUUCACCUUCUGGUCCUACGCCAUCGGCCUGCCACUUCCCAGCAGCUCCAUCCUCAGCUGGAAGUUCUGCCACGUCCUCCACAAGGUCCUUCGCGAUGGGCACCCCAACGUGCUGCAUGACUGCCAGCGGUAUCGGAGCAACAUCCGGGAGAUUGGCGACCUCUGGGGCCAUUUGCACGACCGGUACGGACAACUGGUGAAUGUUUACACCAAACUCUUGCUGACCAAGAUCUCCUUCCACCUCAAGCACCCCCAGUUUCCUGCAGGCCUAGAGGUGACAGACGAGGUGUUGGAGAAGGCAGCUGGGACUGACGUCAACAACAUCUUCCAGCUCACCGUGGAGAUGUUCGAUUAUAUGGACUGCGAGCUGAAGCUUUCCGAGUCAGUUUUCCGGCAGCUCAACACAGCCAUCGCUGUGUCCCAGAUGUCCUCUGGCCAGUGCCGCCUGGCCCCCCUCAUCCAGGUCAUCCAGGACUGCAGCCACCUCUAUCACUACACGGUCAAGCUCAUGUUCAAGCUGCACUCCUGUCUCCCGGCGGACACCCUACAAGGCCACAGGGACCGGUUCCACGAGCAGUUUCACAGCCUCAGGAACUUCUUCCGCAGAGCCUCGGACAUGCUCUACUUCAAACGGCUUAUCCAGAUACCCCGCCUGCCCGAGGGACCUCCCAACUUCCUGCGGGCCUCGGCGCUGGCCGAGCACAUUAAGCCGGUGGUGGUGAUCCCUGACGAGGCCCCCGAGGACGAAGAGCCUGAGAACCUCAUAGAGAUCAGCACAGGGCCCCCCGCCCCGGAGCCGGUGGUGGUGGCCGACCUCUUUGAGCAGACAUUUGGACCCCCCAAUGGCUCCGUGAAGGACGACAGGGAUCUGCAGAUUGAGACCUUGAAGAGAGAGGUGGAGACGCUCCGUGCUGAGCUGGAGAAGAUCAGGCUGGAGGCACAGCGGUACAUCGCCCAGCUGAAGGGCCAGGUGAACACGCUGGAGGCCGAGCUGGAGGACCAGCGGAAGCAGAAGCAGAAGGCGCUGGUGGACAAUGAGCAGCUCCGCCACGAGCUGGCCCAGCUGCGGGCCGCCCAGCAGGAGGGCGAGCGGAACCAGGGCCUGCGUGAGGAGGCUGAGAAGAAGGCCACUGCCACAGAGGCGCGCUACACCAAGCUGAAGGAGCAGCACAGCAAGCUCGUGGCCACGCACGCCGAGCUGCUCAGGAAGAACGCAGACACAGCCAAGCAGCUGACGGCAAAGCAGCAGAGCCAGGAGGAGGUGACGCGGGUAAAGGAGCAGCUGGCUUUCCAGAUGGAGCAGGUGAAGCGGGAGUCUGAGAUGAAGCUGGAGGAGCAGAGUGACCAGUUAGAGAAGCUCAGGAGGGAGCUGGAGACCAAGGCCGGAGAGCUGGUGCGCGUGCAGGAGGCCCUGAGCCGCACGGAGCAGAGUGGCUCAGAGCUGAGCUCACGGCUGAACUCGCUGAGUGCAGAGAAGGACGCCCUGAGCAGCACCGUGCGGCAGCGGGAGGCCGACCUGCAGGCGGCCCAGAGCCUGGUGCAGGAGACGGAGGCGGCGCUGAGCCAGGAGCAGCAGCUCCGCUCCCGGGAGAGAGACGAGCUGCAGGGGCGGCUGGCGGACAAGGAGUCUCAGGAGCAGGGGCUGCAGCAGAGGCUCCUGGACGAGCAGUUUGCUAUGGUCCGGUGCACUGCUGCCGAGGCUGAGCGCAUCCUGCAGGAUGCUGUGGGCAAGCUGGAUGACCCCCUGCACCUGCGCUGCACCAGCUCUCCAGACUACCUGGUGAGCAGAGCCCAGGCGGCCCUGGACUCUGUGAGUGCCUUGGAGAAGGGCCAUGCUCAGUACCUGACUUGCAGGUCAGACGCUUCUGCCCUGGUGGCAUCCCUGACCCAGUUCUCCUACCUGGCUGCAGACGCCAUCAUCAACGGCAGUGCCACCUCUCACCUGGCCCCCACUGACCCUGCUGACCGCCUGAACGAUGCAUGCCGGGAGUGUGGGGCCCGGGCACUGGAGCUGGUGCGGAAGUUGCAGGACGCAGAGGCUCUGCCGCAGGCCCAGCCUGGCCUGGCCCGGCCCCCUCUGCAGGACCUGCUGCAGCUGGGCCAGGAGCUAAAGCCCAAGAGCCUGGAUGUGCGUCAGGAGGAGCUUGGGGCCAUGGUGGACAAGGAGAUGGCAGCCACGUCUGCAGCCAUCGAGGACGCUGUGCGGAGGAUCGAGGACAUGAUGAACCAGGCUCGCCACGCCAGCUCUGGCGUGAAACUGGAGGUGAACGAGAGGAUCCUCAAUUCCUGUACAGACCUGAUGAAGGCCAUCCGGCUCCUGGUGACAACGUCCACCAGCCUGCAGAAAGAGAUCGUGGAGAGUGGCAGGGGGGCAGCCACGCAGCAGGAGUUUUACGCCAAGAACUCACGGUGGACAGAGGGCCUCAUCUCCGCCUCCAAAGCUGUGGGCUGGGGAGCCACUCAGCUGGUGGAGUCGGCUGACAAGGUGGUGCUUCACAUGGGCAAGUACGAAGAGCUCAUCGUCUGCUCCCACGAGAUCGCGGCCAGCACAGCCCAGCUGGUGGCGGCCUCCAAGGUGAAGGCCGACAGGCACAGCCGCCACCUGGGCCGCCUACAGGAGUGUUCCCGCACCGUCAACGAGAUGGCCGCUAACGUGGUGGCCUCCACCAAGUCGGGCCAGGAACAGAUCGAAGACAGAGACACCAUGGACUUCUCCGGCAUGUCCCUCAUCAAGCUGAAGAAGCAGGAGAUGGAGACCCAGGUGCGAGUCCUGGAGCUGGAGAAGACCCUGGAGGCGGAGCGCAUGCGGCUGGGGGAGCUGCGGAAGCAGCACUACGCGCUGGCCGGGGUGGUGGGGACGCCCGCUCAGGAGGAGCCCGUCCAGCCCAGCAUGGUCUCCCAGAGCCGGACAUCCAAGAAGCCGCCUCUGGCCCAGAAGCCCAGCGUGGCCCCCAGGCAGGACCAGCAGCUGGACAAAAAGGAUGGCGUCUGCCCGCCUCGACUCCUGAACGCCUAGGCUCCGGAGGGGUCCCACGGGUGGCUCGGGGGCAGGCCUGGGCCUCGUGUGGCUGCGCUGACUUGAUGGGGACGCUUCGCGGGACACAGUCCUCACACCCGGUGCCCAGGCCCCUGCCCCAUGGCCUGGAUCAGUGUGCCCGAGGCCCGGCCUUGCUAAGCCCACAGGAUCUGGGCUGACGGGGACAGUUUCCCUGGACGUGAGUCUCUGCAGCAGGAACUUCUGAGAGCACCAGGGGACCGGCGGAAAUACGAGGCACGAUUCCGGAAAUACAAGGAACAUUUGUAAUACUCCGAGUUAGAGCUUUUCUUUGUGAGUUUGUAUUCGGCACCCUGGGAAGCGGGGCUCUGGGUGCUGUUUGGGCAGGGCUCCCCCGUCUUUUGGACUCAGGGUCUGAGGUGAGAGGAACAGAAACUGUGCUGGCUGUUGGGGACGUGCAUGACAUGACCCCAGGGGGUGUGGACUCCUGGGGCAGAUUCCAUGGAGACGGAGCUGGCGUGGGCUCAGGCAAAGCCAGAUGCUCUUGAGGGUGGGCCAGGGUCUGCCCCUUUCUCCUUGGGCCUCGCUCUAGGGCACCAGUGCUGGGAGCGCUGAGGACAUGGUCCUUGUCUGGGGAGAGGCGGGCCGGGCGCUGCUGCAGGGUGGGGCAGACACUGCAGCCAAGAACCUGUCGCCCGCCAGGCACAGGUGCUGCCUCCGCUCCUGGAGUCUGUUCCCACUGAAAUCUGUGGUGACCGCCCGCUUCCUGUUUUUCCUUCCCCUCCCUGUCUGACCGCCCCUGCCCUGUUGCCCCAGUUCUGGUCGCCCGCUGUCACCCACCCCUUCCCUGGGUAAUUUCCAGCUCAGCCAGAAAGAGCCCAGAAACUGCCAGAUUGAGGGCACCUUGUGCUGCACAGAGGGCAGUGUAGGCCUGGCCUGGCCUGGCCUGCCCCAGUAGGAGGGCUUGGAUCACCCUGCAUUCCUGGAGACCCCCUGGGGGCCUGGCUGGGUGAAUACCUGCCUGUCUGGUACCAGCCAUGUCUGGAGAUGAGCCCAGGGACCCAGCUCGUGUGCUCUGACUGUAGUGUCUCUGUGUUGAAGAGUCAGACUGGCAAUAAAAUACACUUUGACUGUUGUCACCAUUUCCCA